GAACCACAAGAGGAGAAACAAUAGUUUGCACCUUUACCGUAGCUUUCUCAUAUUUUUGCUUAUUGUAUUGUUAAAACUGUUUUCCUUUUAGCAAUAGUAAUCGUUUCGUAAAAAAUUCACUUCUAUUAGUAGUACUAGUCGUAAUUUCAUAAACGUUUUAGUUGGAUUUCUCUUCUUUUGAACCUUUUAAAAGCGAUAUUUCCCCCCUUUUUUAUUUUGAAAAUCGAUGCUGCGCCGUUUAUCAAGUGGAACCUUAAAAACCGCCAUUACAACUCGUUGUUUCAGCGCCACGAAUUACCAAAUGGACCGAAAGCGUAUCCUUGUGAAGAAUGAAGUUGUUGAGAUGGAUGGUGAUGAGAUGGCCCGCAUUAUGUGGUCUCUCAUCAAGCAAAAACUUAUUCUCCCGUAUCUUGACAUACCCAUCAACUACUUUGAUCUCAGCAUCCAGAAUCGCGACGCCACAGAUGACCGGGUGACUGUCGAAGCUGCCGAAGCUAUUAAACGGUGUCAUGUAGGCAUUAAAUGUGCUACCAUCACUCCGGAUGAGGCUCGCGUAAAGGAAUUCGGUCUCAAGAAGAUGUGGAAAAGCCCAAACGGAACGAUUCGAAACAUCCUUAACGGAACUGUAUUUCGUGAGCCUAUCGUAAUUUCUAACAUCCCACGCCUCGUUCCUCACUGGGAAAACCCUAUCGUGGUGGCACGUCAUGCUUAUGGAGAUCAAUAUGCGGCCACCGACUCAAAGUUUGGUCCUGGAAAGCUUCAGCUCGUACAUAUCCCAGCUGACGGUGGCGCACCCACUGUGUUAAAUGUGUUUGAAUUCAAGGGAGAUGGCGUCGGACUCGCUAUGUACAACACCAAGGCAAGUAUUGAGGGCUUUGCGAAGAGUUGUUUCGAGUACGCGAUUAUGCGCAAGCUCCCAGUGAUUAUGACUACGAAGAAUACCAUUCUGAAAAGUUAUGAUGGGAUGUUCCUGGAAACAUUCCAGAGCGUGUUCAACGAAGGCUAUAAGACGGAGUUCGAUAGGUUAGGAAUCACCUAUGAGCAUCGUCUCAUCGACGAUCAGGUCGCACAGGUGUUAAAAGGUAAUGGAGGCAUUCUUUGGGCGUGCAAAAAUUAUGAUGGUGAUGUGGAAAGUGACAUCGUGGCUCAGGGGUUCGGCUCCUUGGGUCUUAUGACCUCCGUUUUGAUGAGCCCGGAUGGGAAGACCAUUGAGGCAGAGGCUGCACACGGUACGGUGACCCGCCACUACCGCAACCAUCAGAAAGGCGAACUAACUAGCACUAAUUCAGUGGCCUCGAUAUUUGCAUGGACCCGUGCCCUUACCCACCGCGGGCGUCUUGACGGCAUUGAUGAGCUCGUGAGAUUCUCGCAAACCCUUGAGAACGUGGUGAUUAAAGCCAUUGAAGAAGGACACAUGACGAAAGACUUGGCAUUAUGCAUUCAUGGUAGCAAGAAUCUUAAAAAGGAGCAUUAUGAGACAACCGAAGACUUCAUAGAGAAUGUGGCUAAAGCCCUCGAAAAAGUAGUAUCAUAUUAA